UGAUAUCUAAAAAUAGCACUAUCAAAUCAUAUAACGAUUAGCGGGAAAUACAAAUGUUUUAUUUUCUGAAAAUGGUGAUAGUGAAACUAGAUUAGUGUUGUAUAAAGACAAUCUUCGUUCGUGUUGUAAAACGAAUACCUGUUAGACUGCUGACAUGAUGUUAAAAUUAUAUUUACAUGGAAUUGAUAGUAAAAUUAUUGCUUUAGCCAUUGAGGAGAAUGCAUGUGUUACAGAAUUGAAGUCUCUAAUUCAGGAAAAAACUUCCAUAAGUUCUGAGGACAUACGAGUGUUUUACCUCAGUAAGGAGCUCAUCAAUAUUGAAGGCAACGAGAGAGAGCUAAGAUUGUCAGACUAUAAUAUCCAGAAUGAAGGAAAUUUAGUUGUGGUAUUACGUCUUCAGCCAGGGCCAUACAAAACUGAUCUUACGAGAGAGUCCUGGUCGGUGAGAGAUAUGGAUGUCGUUACUCCAGAGAAAUUAGAAAUCAUUUCAUUACAAAAGGUGUUAGACCCUGACGUUGAGCUUUCCCCAGAACCAGAUAUGAUAACUUUUGAAGACGACCCAGAUGUGCAAAGAGCAAGAAUGCCGUGCGGACAUGCAAUAGGUGCUGAAUCCCUUACUGAAUAUUGCAGAAGUGUUUUGUCGAGUGGAAAAUUCGAGUUCAGAUGUCCCCAUAUGAAUCCGAAACCAUGCGACGAACUGUGGGAAUUUAGCAUAAUAAAAAAAUGCGCCGCGCUUACCACAGAAGAACAAAGAGAAUUUGAAACAAAACUUUCUAUAAACUAUCUAUCUAACUUUAUCGGAAUGCAACAGUGCUCACAAUGUCAGUCUUAUUGUGCACGUGAUAACGGGGAAACUGUUCGAAUUCUUUGUCCAGUUUGUUCGAAAAAGAGCAAUUCUGCUGUCGAAUUCUGUUGGUCUUGUCGUCGGACAUGGCGGACAUCAAAAAGUACAGACUGUGGUAAUUUAAAUUGUCCAAGUGAAGACCCCAAGAAGAAAAUAUUGCGUGAAUGCAAGGAUAAGGAUAUUAGCGGAGUACAGUGUCCAUCUAUUAGAGCUUGUCCGAAAUGUGGACUUAUGAUUGAACAUACUGAGGGUUGUAAACAAAUGCAAUGUACAUGUCAACAGAAAUUUUGUUUUCUUUGUUUACAAAUGGCAAAUAUUCAUGGUUCUUAUGUAUGUGGGUCAAAUUUUAAGUGCGAAAGAGCCCCUACUCAGGUAGAAAUUUCAUGAUUCAAUAAAAUAAAAAAACGUUUAUGUUUUAACAUGUGUAUUUUAGAAAUUUGUUAAACUUAUCCCAAGUUUCUCUAUGGAACAUAACUAACAUAAAUAAAUAAAAAAGACGUUAAAAAUUUAAGCAAACGUAUAAAUCUAAGUUUACUUCUGUACAUAUUUCUUUUUUUGUCUUUUUUUUUAAUGUAAAAAAAAAUCAAAAUAAUUUCACAUUCAUUGUAUCAAUAUGACAUCAUAAGAAAUAUUUUUACAACAAAGUAGCCCAGCUACAUGUUUGAAACUUUUUUUUUAAGUUGCAAUUUAUUUGUGAAUGCGCAGAUCUUUGUUUAAGAAUUUGGACUUUAGAAUAAAAUAUAUAACAGUCGUGGUUUUAUAUUUAGAAUUUUAAAUACAAUCAUUUAUUUCUUACGAAUUUGUUUAAGUUUGAAGUAUCGGAAAAUAUGGUUUAUUUAUAAUUUGGAAUUGGCAUUAACCAGUUUAAAAACUGCGAGUUUUAUCAGAAAAUUGUGAGGUUUUAUUUUGUCUUUUUAAUGUUUUUUUGUGUGCUUCGUGCCGUUUUCAUGUUUUCUUCUUAUUAUUAAUAAAUGCUAGACUGUUUUGUUAAAAAAAAAUAUAAUCGUAUUUUUUUUCAUUAAAUGAAAUAAAACAUUUCUUUUCUAGAUUUUCACUACCACCUAAGAAC